GGGGGGAGAACAGUUCUUUCCUGUCCCUUGCGGUCUUUCUGUCUGUCUGCAUGUGAAGUCUGAGUGAGUGGACGUGAGUAGCGGGUGUUCAGGUGCUUUUACAGAGUCUGGACGCCGUGUGAGGGACUGCAUGUUGUCAUGUUAGCCACUACUUUAAUUAUCUGCACUUGUGAAAAAUAGCUUGUAAUUAUUUUUGUUAGUCUGAUUGUAGUUGAUUUGCUGAGCCACUUGAAACGGACACGCUGCGGCCUCGUUCGUCUAAUUCAGUGUUAGUUAGUCAGUUGGCUUUAAUUUAUUUACAAUUGAGCCACAAUGUCCACUGACUGCCAGACCACUGCCAAGACCAUCCCGUCCACCAGGAGGGUUAUAGUGAACGAAGCGGAGCACAUGCCCCAUGACUACUCCACCACUCCCGGAGGAACCCUGUUCAGCACGACACCGGGUGGGACCAGGAUCAUCUAUGACCGUAAGUUCCUGCUGGACCGUCGCAGCUCUCCACUGGCCAAGACUGCUCCCUGUGGACUACCAAACAUUCCAGGAGUGACCAGUCCUAAAGAACCCAAUAUGAAAGCCUGUAGUGGAGAACUACUGAACAACAAUGAUGUCACUGCACCUGACAGUAACAACACUAGUGAUGAUGCACAGUUUGAAAUGGACAUCUAAGCAGGCCUGGAUGAAGAAGAGGGAAGAUGUCACACUUACCAACGUGAUGCUGCGAAGAAGGGUUAAAAGAGCGCCUCGUCUCUUUCCUUUUACUCAUUCCAUAAAGAUCAACAACACUGAAGGCAGUCAGUGUCUAAAACAUCUUUCUGUCUGUCUGUGUCGUCCUGUUUAAAUGUUUGUUCCGGAAAAAAAUUGUAAUGAAGCCAUGUCUGCCUGCCUCAGUGCUAAAAUCACAUUUACAUGAGACAAAAGUGUGCCUUCCCAUAAUGACUACAAGUGUUAAAUCAAAGCUGGGAUUUAUUUACUUCAAACCAUCGAGCCUCAUCCCUCGCUACUAAGAAAAUAUCCAGUUAUUUGAAUUCAUUAACAUUCCAGUGAAGUUUGUCACCUCAUGUGCUUUUAUAACAAUAUAUUUGCCAACAGCACCAUCUGAGGUUACCUUGAUUGUCUUUAGUACACUUGAGUAUACUGUAUAAUGUCAUGUACAAUCGGGAUCAUGCUCCUAAGAAUUGUUAAAUUGCGUUCAUCUAAUGUGUUUAUCCAGAGAAUGCACAACAGAAUCUAAAAAGUUUUUUUUGAACUACAAAGAUUAAAAUAAAAAAACCUGCAAGCAAAC